UUUAAAGUGCUGUUAUUGACCGCUGGGUGGCACUGUAAAGUGUAGAAAUAAAGGAUGCGGGCCUAUGACGUCAUUUCUCAGCGACGGUUGCGUCUCCAGAGUUCACCAUGGCCGAAGCUGAGUCAAAGAAAGUGAUCAAGUUAGUUCCUGAGUAUCUGCUGAAGAAGAGGAAAGCAUACCAGGCCAUCAAAGCCACUCAAGCCAAGCUUGCCCUGCUCGAGAAGAGAAAGAUAUCAAAAGGCAAACCAUUAAAGUUCAAGCGAUUAGAAGACUUCUUGAAAGACAGCCACAGGAAGCAUCGUGAUGAAACCCGCAUCCGCAGAAGUGAGCACAGGCCGCCUGCCCCUCUGCCUCCAGCUAAGAACAGGCUAGCCUUCGCCGUCCGCAUCAGAGAGAUUAAAGGUGUCAGUCCCAAAGUGAUGAAGGUGGUCCAGAUGUUGAGGCUGAGGAAGAUCUUCAGCGGGGCCUUUGUCAAAAUCAACAAGACCUCUAUAGCCAUGAUGAAGAUGCUGGAGCCUUAUGUGGCCUGGGGCUUUCCCAACUUGAAGUCUGUUCGUGAGCUCAUCCUAAAGAGAGGACAGACCAGGAUAGGCAGGAGAAGAGUUCCUCUCACAGACAACACCUUCAUUGAGCAGCACAUGGGUAAACAUGGCAUCAUCUGUUUGGAGGACCUGAUUCACGAGAUCUACUUGGUUGGUAGGGGCUUCCGGGCCGCCAACAACUUCCUGUUGCCUUUCAAGCUGUCAGUGGCUCGUCACGCUGCCAAGGAUAAGGCUGGGCUCCUGAAGGACCUGGGAAACCCUGGAUUUCGCAAUACAGACAUUAACUCUAUAAUCAGACAACUGAACUGAGGACGAAUGCAUGCACGUUCGAAGCUCUGCAGCAUCUAUAAGGAUGCUCUAUUUCUUAUGGAGCAAAGGCCAACAACAGAAUAUUAUUACUUUUUUUUUGCUUCCCUGGCAGAGAAGCUUGUAUUACCCAGAGUCAUAUUUUCUAUACAUUUAUCUGUACACCCAUUCUUCUGAUUCCAUCUGUGAGACCUCACAAGACCCUAAGGUUGGGUCUCUUGUCUCGUACAGUGCCGCUUACUAGGGACUUAUGGAAGCUGGUGUGCUCUUUAGUGAAAAUGUCUGAAGGGUUCCGUUUCCUCAGAUAUAUCUCUAUCUCUAUCUAUCUAUCUAUCUAUCUAUCUAUCUAUCUAUCUAUCUAUCUAUCUAUCUAUC